UGAUUUAUACGAUCCAAAUAUGGGAAAUAAAUAUGUCCAGAAUAGAGAGUUGAAGAAUGCGGAAUGCCUUACGUAUAUGCUGCAUUACCUAUUGAGGGAUGGGGGAUAUUAUGGGAAGAAUCCGGACGUGUCUCCCACUUUAGAUCCAUUCACGAUGACCAUGAUCAAAGAUGCACCCCGCCAAGAUAAUGGGGGUGAUUGUGGCGUCUACGCUCUGAAAUUUAUUGAAUACAUGAGUAGUGAGGAGAACCCUUCAUUUGGUCCGCAAGACAUUAUGUUUUUUAGAAAAAAAUAUGCUGUUGAUUUGUACUUUAAUAAACUUUCAAUGUAGAUCGUAUGUUUAAUGU